AAUUAAAAUUAAAUAAUUUAUCAAUUAAAACAUGCAAAACUUAUUUAGAAAUAAAUACAACUGUAUUUUCUGUGCUUUAAUUAAGUUUAUUUUUAUUAUUUUCUCAAAAUUAUGUAAAAUUUUCAUAAGAAGUCAUGUAUUUUUAACAUAACUUGCAACACCAGUGCCCCUGUGGUUAAUUGUAAAAGCUCAAUUAGCCAUCUUUUUUUGCGAUCGUAUUUCGGGAAUGUCGUUUCGCCUCCUUUUUAUUCUUCAUACAUAAAAUUCACUCGUAAGGGGGUGAAUUAGGGAGAGUAUUAUUAUUAUUAUUAUACCCACGGGCAACCAUUUUGUUUGGAAUGCCUAAUUUACAUAUAUAAUCCUAUAAUAUAUCAUUGGUAUAUUGAACAAACGUCAACAAAAAGUUGACAGUUGAUUGUUGAUGUUUUUUGUUUGUCUUUUUUGUGGUAUUGUUUUUUUCUGCAGAUGAGAUAUCAGAUGAUUUCCUUUUCUUGUAGAAGACUUAAUACUUAAAAAUGAAUAAGGCACCAUCGGCUAAACAAAUUAAAAUAUUACAAAAUAUUAAAUUUAGACCGUUGCAAGAUGAUAGUAAUAAUGUUCGAAAAAAACAAAGGAUUACUUCAAGUAUGAUAAUACUUGGAGAAGAACCAGUAUUUUCAGAUUCUGACGAGGAAAGAGAGUUUAAUGAAACAAUUUUUGGCCCAAUCCAACCAGUUGCAACCAUACCAGUUAAAGAUAAAUAUCAUGAUGCAGAAGUUCAGUGUGACUUACUAACACCUGAAAAAACACUGUAUGGAUUAAUCAACCAAUGUACUAAGUUAAAUGCAGAUGAUGCCGGAGAUUUUAAAGGCAUUAUUAAAGCUUGCGAAAAAUUUAUUGCAAGACGUUCGUUCAAUAUACAUGAUCCAGAUGCGUUAAGUGACAUUAGUUAUGUCUCUAAAAAUGAUGCAAGUAGCUCCUCACCUUUAAACAAAAAGAAAAAUGAGAAUGAAAUAGCCAAUUCAAAUAAUACAUUGAAAGGAGGUCUGGUCAGCAAUAAUGAAAGUAGAAGAAAAUCAAACAGAAGAAAAGGAGCUAAUAGAAGUGUUAGAUUAGGAAAUAUAAAAUUUUGAAAUAAUUGUAAUGAAUCUAACAAAUAACUAAUAUUUUAUUAUAUACAGUGUCGAAAAACUUUAAUUUGCAUUAUUCUUGAUAAAAGGUUCUUCAUCACUUGGAAAUCCAUAAUGCAAUAAUAAAGCAUAAAAUUUGUAAAACUAUAAAAUUUUCAAUACACACUUUUGGCAUUGAUUAAACAACAUAAAAAAUCAUUUAAAAAUUAAUGCAUUGAUUUAAAAUUAAGCAUAUUUUUUUAUUUUUAAUUCCUAUCAACAUUUUAAUUAAUAUUUUGUUCUAUAUUUAAAUUUAAAAAGUAUUUUACUCUUCAUUAUAAACCAUUUUAAUUUUCCCUAUAUACCACUUAUUUUUUUACAAAAUGUAAUGCUUAAUUAUGAAUUCCUAAGUCAUAACACAACUUUUUAUCAAGAAUAAUUUUUUUAUGAAAAACUUUCCCAUUUGUAUAAAACAUUUCACCGCUAUGUCUAUAUUUCUUGCUGUGAAAUUUUAAUUUCCUCUUAAUACCCUUCAUGACUUAAAAAUUAGUUUUCUUUAGACUUAUCCAAAUGUGUUUCUCAAAAUCUAAUGUUAGAAAUACGAUUUUGUAAAAAGAGCAACAUUUAACAAAAUUAAUUGAAAAAAAAUAUGCAAAAAAAAUCCACUGAAAUAGUUUAAACAAUUCGCAUCCAAAGUCUAGUCGAAAAUCAUUGAUGAUCUAUUGUUAACUGUACAUUUUGCUUAACCCAUUUGAUAAGAAAGUAUAAAAAUGUUUAACAAAAAACACCAUUUUGUUUUUUAGUUAUCAGAAGUAACAAAAAACUGUUGGAUAUCGUAAUAAUAAAAUAGCGGAUAAUGCAGUAACCAAGCAACUACCUAUUAAUUAAUAUUUAAGUUUGUAAUUAUUGUUAUUUAAAUUAAAAGUUUUGUUUGCAUAUAAUCUAUGUAUUAUUGUUUAA